ACGGCAGGCGGCGUGUGACGCAGUCGGGCCUUCUGCGCUCUGCGCCCGCAGUGGUGGUCGGUGUCGGUGGCGGCGGCGGCGGCGACGGUUUCGUCGUGGCCGCGCGCUGCUGCCUGAACGGCGGGUGAAGGACGGGUCCAGGCCCUCACUCCUGACCCUUCCCUUCCCCCACUGCACCGAGGAUUGAGAGUGUCCAUGGGAAGUCAGAAGCUCUCUAAAGCAAAGACUCAUUUUGAAGAUGUUUAACAAGUCAUUUGGAACACCCUUUGGGGGUGGCACAGGUGGCUUUGGCACAACUUCAACAUUUGGGCAGAAUACUGGCUUUGGCACUACCAGUGGAGGGGCAUUUGGAACAUCUGCAUUUGGUUCUAGUAACAAUACUGGAGGUCUGUUUGGAAAUUCACAGACCAAACCAGGAGGAUUAUUUGGUACCAGUUCAUUUAGCCAGCCAGCUACCUCUACAAGUACUGGCUUUGGGUUUGGCACAUCAACAGGAACAUCAAAUAGCUUGUUUGGAACUGCAAGCACAGGCACCAGUCUCUUCUCAGCCCAAAACAAUGCCUUUGCACAAAAUAAACCAACUGGCUUUGGGAAUUUUGGAACAAGUACUAGCAGUGGAGGACUUUUUGGAACUACAAAUACCACCUCCAAUCCUUUUGGUAGCACAUCUGGCUCUCUCUUUGGGCCAAGUAGUUUUACAGCUACUCCUACUGGGACUACUAUUAAGUUUAAUCCUCCAACUGGUACAGAUACUAUGGUUAAAGCUGGAGUGAGUACUAACAUCAGUACCAAGCAUCAGUGUAUUACUGCUAUGAAAGAAUAUGAAAGCAAGUCACUAGAGGAACUUCGUUUAGAGGAUUAUCAGGCUAACCGGAAAGGCCCGCAGAACCAGGUGGGAGCAGGUACCACGACUGGCUUGUUUGGGUCUUCUCCAGCCACGUCCAAUGCAACAGGACUCUUCAGCUCCUCCACCACUAAUUCUGGCUUUGCAUAUGGUCAGAACAAAACAGCCUUUGGAACUAGCACAACUGGAUUUGGAACAAAUCCAGGUAGCCUCUUUGGCCAACAGAAUCAGCAGACUACCAGCCUCUUCAGCAAACCAUUUGCCCAGGCCAUAACCACCCAGAACACUGGCUUUUCCUUUGGUAAUACCAGCACGCUAGGACAGCCAAGCACCAAUACCAUGGGCCUAUUUGGAGUAACCCAAGCCUCACAGCCUGGAGGUCUUUUUGGGACAGCCACAAACACCAGUACUGGGACAGCAUUUGGAACAGGAACAGGUCUCUUUGGACAGCCCAAUACUGGAUUUGGUGCUGUUGGUUCGACCCUGUUUGGCAAUAACAAGCUUACUACAUUUGGAACCAGCACAACCAGUGCUCCUUCUUUUGGUACAACCAGUGGCGGGCUCUUUGGUAACAAACCAACCCUGACUUUAGGAACCAAUACAAACACUUCCAAUUUUGGUUUCAGCACGAAUACCAGUGGGAAUAGUAUUUUUGGAAGUAAACCAGGACCUGGGACUUUGGGAACUGGGCUUGGUACAGGAUUUGGAACAGCUCUUGGUGCUGGACAGGCAUCUUUAUUUGGGAACAACCAACCUAAGAUCGGAGGGCCUCUUGGUACAGGAGCCUUUGGGGCCCCUGGAUUUAAUACUACGACAGCCACUUUGGGCUUUGGAGCCCCCCAGGCCCCAGUAGCUUUGACAGAUCCCAGUGCUUCUGCUGCCCAGCAGGCUGUUCUCCAACAGCACAUCAAUAGUUUAACAUACUCACCUUUUGGAGACUCUCCUCUCUUCCGGAAUCCCAUGUCAGAUCCUAAGAAGAAAGAAGAGAGAUUGAAACCAACAAAUCCAGCAGCCCAGAAGGCUCUCACCACACCUACUCAUUAUAAACUGACACCCCGCCCUGCCACCAGAGUCCGACCAAAGGCUUUACAAACAACAGGCACUGCCAAGUCACAUCUCUUUGAUGGUCUGGAUGAUGAUGAACCAUCCUUAGCUAAUGGAGCAUUCAUGCCCAAGAAGAGCAUUAAGAAAUUGGUUUUGAAAAACCUUAGCAAUAGCAAUCUCUUCUCUCCUGUUAAUCGUGAUUCGGAAGAUCUAGCUUCACCAUCUGAUUAUCCAGAAAAUGGAGAGAGAUUCAGUUUCCUGAGCAAACCCGUUGAUGAGAACCAUCAGCAGGAUGGAGAUGAUGAUUCUCUUGUGUCACGUUUUUAUAGUAACCCUAUUGCCAAACCCAUUCCUCAAACCCUAGAGGGUUCUGGAAAUAAACACAACAGCAGCAACGGUGUGGAUGAUACCAUUGUUGCAUUAAACAUGCGUGCUGCCUUGCGAAAUGGUCUGGAAGGAAGUAGUGAAGAGACCUCUUUUCAUGAGGAGUCACUGCAGGAUGACCGAGAAGAAAUAGAAAAUAAUACUUACCAUAAGCAUCCAGCAGGCAUUGUUCUCACUAAGGCUGGUUACUAUACUGUUCCAUCUAUGGAUGACCUUGCUAAAAUUACCAAUGAUAAAGGAGAGUGCAUUGUCUCUGAUUUUACUAUUGGUCGUAAAGGUUAUGGUUCAAUCUAUUUUGAAGGAGAAGUGAAUUUGACAAAUCUAAAUUUGGAUGAUAUUGUACAUAUCCGAAGGAAAGAAGUGAUUGUCUAUAUAGAUGAUGAUCAGAAGCCACCUGAGGGUGAAGGGCUAAAUAGGAAGGCUGAAGUUACUUUAGAUGGAGUUUGGCCAACAGAUAAAACAUCUCGUUGUUUAAUAAAGAGCCCAGAUCGACUUGCUGAUAUCAACUAUGAGGGAAGAUUGGAAGCAGCUUCAAGGAAACAGGGAGCUCAGUUCAAAGAGUACCGUCCUGAAACGGGUUCUUGGGUGUUUAAGGUCUCCCAUUUUUCUAAGUAUGGCCUUCAGGAUUCUGAUGAAGAGGAGGAGGAACGGCCCUCCAAAACUAGCACAAAGAAGCUGAAGACUGCUCCUUUACCUCCCGCGGGCCAGCCCACCCCAUUCCAGAUGGCUCUUAAUGGCAAGCCAGCACCUCCACCCCAGAGCCAGAGCCCAGAAGUGGAGCAGUUAGGGAGGGUUGUGGAACUGGACAGUGACAUGGUAGAUAUCACCCAGGAGCCAGUUUCGGAUUCCAUAUUAGAAGAGAGCGUGCCUGAAGAUCAGGAACCUGUGUCUGCCUCAACACACAUUGCAUCUUCACUGGGAAUUAAUCCACAUGUCUUGCAGAUCAUGAAAGCAUCAUUGCUUGCUGAUGAAGAAGAUGUAGAUAUGGUCCUGGAUCAUUUCAGUCGCCUUCCUUCCAAAGCAGAUAAUUCUCAAGAAAUCUGUUCUCCCAGGCUCCCCAUUUCAACAUCCCACUCAUCAAAAUCCCGUUCAUUAGUUGGUGGGUUACUACAAUCAAAAUUUACAAGUGGAGUUUUUCUUUCACCAAGUGCCUCUAUGCAGGAAUGUCGCACUCCCAAAGCAUCGUCUUUGAUGAAUAUACCAUCCACAUCCCCUUGGUCUGUCUCACCACCUCUGACCUCUGUGUUUACAGUGCCCAGUCCAGCCCCUGAGGUUCAGUUGAAAACAGUGGGUACACGCAGACAACCGGGCUUAGUCCCUCUUGAAAAGUCUGUCGCUUAUGGCAAGGGGAAACUGUUGAUGGACAUGGCCCUAUUUAUGGGACGCUCAUUUCGGGUUGGUUGGGGCCCCAACUGGACUCUUGCUAAUAGUGGAGAGCAGCUGAGUGGCUCUUGUGAACUGGAAAAUCAUCAGAUUGCUGACUCUAUGGAAUAUGGAUUCCUGCCUAAUCCAGUAGCUGUUAAAUUCCUAACUGAGUCCCCAUUCAAAGUUCAUUUGGAAAAACUCAGUUUGAGACAAAAGAAGCCAGAUGAAGAGCUGCAGUUAUAUCAGACACCUCUGGAGCUCAAAUUAAAACAUAGCACUGUCCAUGUGGAUGAGCUGUGUCCUCUCAUUGUCCCCAAUCCAGGAGUUGCUGUCAUUCAUGACUAUGCAGAUUGGGUUAAGGAAGCAUCAAGAGACUUACUGGAAGCACAAAUUGUGAAGCACUGGAGCCUAACGUGGACAUUAUGUGAAGCUCUGUGGGGCCACCUGAAGGAGCUUGAUGGUCAGCUGGAUGAACCCAGUGAAUACAUUCGGAUUCUGGAACGAAGAAGAGCUUUCUCUCGCUGGCUCUCCCAUACUGCCGCACCUCAAAUUGAGGAGGAAGUCUCCUUAUCUCAAAAAGACAACCCUGUGGAGGCUGUCUUCAGCUACCUCACGGGCAAGAGGAUCAGCGAGGCCUGCUCUCUGGCCCAGCACUCAGGUGAUCAUCGUCUUGCCCUUCUUUUAUCCCAGUUGGUGGGUAGCCAGUCAGUCCGGGAGCUGCUAACCAUGCAGCUGGUAGACUGGCAUCAGCUCCAGGCUGACAGCUUCAUCCAGGAUGAGAGACUGCGCAUUUUUGCCCUGUUGGCUGGAAAACCGGUAUGGCAACUUUCAGAACAGAAGCAGAUAAAUGUAUGCUCCCAGCUGGACUGGAAACGCUCCCUGGCUGUCCACCUUUGGUAUUUGCUUCCACCAACAGCCUCCAUUUCUAGGGCACUCAGCAUGUAUGAAGAAGCAUUUCAGAAUAUCUCUGAGAGUGACAGAUAUGCCUGCUCCCCACUUCCUUCAUAUCUGGAGGGCUCUGGCUGUGUGGUAGAGGAGGAACAAGACUCACAGAGACCACUUCAGGAUGUCUGCUUUCACCUUCUAAAACUCUACAGUGACAGCAUGCGUGAGAAGGCUGUUCGAGAGCUGCUUACCCGGCACUGCCAACUAUUGGAGACCACUGAAUCUUGGGCUAAGGAGACUUUCCUGACCCAGAAGCUUUGUGUGCCUGCUGAGUGGAUUCAUGAAGCCAAAGCAGUGCGAGCACACAUGGAAUCUGACAAGCACUUGGAGGCACUCUAUUUAUUUAAAGCAGGGCACUGGAACCACUGCCACAAACUCAUCAUCAGGCACUUAGCUUCUGAUGCCAUUAUUAAUGAGAACUAUGACUACCUGAAAGGGUUCUUGGAAGACCUGGCACCUCCAGAGCGCAGCAAUCUAAUCCAGGACUGGGAAAUAUCUGGGCUUGUUUACCUGGACUACAUUCGGGUCAUUGAGAUGCUCCACCAUAUACAAGAGGUGGAUUGCUCAGGUUAUGAGCUGGAACAGUUACACACCAAAGUGACUUCACUAUGCAACCGGAUAGAGCAGAUCCAGUGUUACAAUGCCAGGGAUCGCCUAGCUCAAUCAGACAUGGCCAAACGUAUAGCCAACCUUCUGCGGGUGGUACUGAGCCUUCAGCAUGCCUCUGAUGCAACCUCUGACUCAACGCCAGACCUUCAGCGAGUUCCUUUGCGACUGCUGGCUCCCCACAUUGGCCGUCUUCCAAUGCCUGAGGACUAUGCCUUGGAUGAACUGCGCAGCCUCACACAGUCCUACCUGCAAGAACUGACUGUUGGGAGCCAGUGAGCCCCAGGCUCCUCCUACCACACUCACAUGCUUAUUCACACUCACCACGUAGAGGUGCCCUGCAUUGAGUUGAUUGACACUGUUUGCCACUCUCUGAGUUGGCUAUGGAAUCCAUCUUCCCUUCUUGCUGCCCCAAUCAGCAUCUUUCAUUUGUUCAGGGUUUUUCUUAAUAUUGAACAUAACUUAAGGGCUUUUGGAAACCAAAAAAGGAGCCAGAUCUCUUUUUACCACCCUCAAGAUCAUUCCUUUUUUUUUUUUCCCCUUCUUUUUAAAAAUGGUCAAUAAAGUACCUUUGGCAGAAUCCCACAAAAGAACCAUGGACUCCUUUUCUACCCCCAGCUAUUCUGUAUCUUGUAAACCUACAUGUCAACCUGCUACCCUACUCCUACCCCAGUGCUUUUAUACUAGGACUCUUAAAAGGAGUGGGACAAAUGAUGGGAAAAAUGUGUUUACCUAGGACUGUCCUUCCUUCCAAAGGAAGGAGAAUCUUUCUUAAGUAGGUUGAUGAGUUAACACUGAGUUUUAAAGCCAAAAUAGGGUUGGACUGAGUUAAGUAGAACAUGGUCUUUUUGACUCAUUUAGGUUGGAAGUGAUUACCUGUCAUGGAGGGAUGCAUAUACCUGUCUUGAAUGUUCUUUGAACCCCAAACCUUCACUACGUUCAUGUGCAGGAACCCUGGAUCACAGAUCCCAAGUCUCUGGGAAGCUCCCAGAACUCUGUUUGGUUUCUGGUAUUCAGUCAUCGCACUAGGCCUCCUGUCUGGAUUUGCCUGAGGAGUUUGAAUAAAACAUGGCAGGUUGGAUAAUUCUCCCUGUCCCUGCCUUUCUAACCCAAAGCAUUUUCUACCCUCCAUCUGUAGUCCCAGAAGGUAAAACCAUCACCGAAGCAAGCAAGGAGCUGGGCUUUAGGGGCAGGCAGAGGGCCUUUGCCAUGCUGCUGCCAGCUAUAGGAGCCCAGGUAAUGGCUGAGACAGCUGGUGUUGGGGCUGCCACAGACAACAUGGCAACCCCUGGGUCUUUAUGCAUGAAGAUUAUAUAAAGGUUUUUAUUCAAAAGUAUAUAUAUAUAUAUAUAUAUAAAU